UCUGCUUUUAUUGUGAAAACAAAACAGGAAGUUUUGUUUUGAAAUUCCUCUCACUUGACAGAGCAUGACCGCUCCACUAUUUUGACGGCGGAAAUGAGGAGUUGCCACUUUUUUUCGGGUCAAGUUCGUAGCUGGAACUUUUUUUUGUUCUUAUCCUCCCCUUAUUUUUUCGCCUGUAUGAGGACAAGGCGACGCAGACUGUAACCAUGAGAGAGAAAACCCGUGGUUCUCCCAGCAUGCCGCUUCUCAUUUGAGGCUCAAGCGACUUCGCCGACGUGGUUUUUACUUUUGUCGAUACAUUUCCGUUAUGCGAAGCCCAACUUGUUGCUUAGCUGUCGUGCUGCGGUGGAUCAACGUCCGAGAUAACGGAGUAGAACAUUUUCUUUCUGCAGUGAUUGUCAGCUGGUCUGGUUACUGCAAUGAAUGGUAACACUAUCCAUCCAGCCAACACCACCACAACAGCAGGAGGAGGUCCAAGUAUUCCAGCGCCCACAAGAGGCUGGAGGGAAUUCUGCGAGCUGAAUGCCAUCGCCACUGCCCGGCAGCUGGCUGGACACUACCGGAGCUUUGCCAGAGAGUGGCCACAACAUGAGGUGCUUCCGCCAGAGACCUUUUCCAAGCAGUUCACUGACCUCUUUCAGAAGCACUUUUGCUGUGAGGUUGACCAAGAUGGCUCUCCUCUCAGCCAAAACAGAUGCUCUACCUCUACAGAUAGUUCCAGUAGUUCCCCACACACUGUUGAUGGCCGAUUGCGGAUUACGUCUUGGUCUGGGGUUCAGGCCUAUCGGGAAGCAGGACGUCAAAGUUGUGGAACUGUCCUUUCCACUUUGGUCCCCCAAAAGGUGGAGCCUGUGGUGCUUAGCUGGGAACAUGAGCAGUGUGCUGCAGGAAACCCCUUGUCUGGAAAUGCAGUGGUGCUCAGAGGAUCGAAUCUUAGCUUUGGUAGCAAUGGCAACGAGGAGGUCUCUUACCCCAGUCAUCAUCAGGUGUCUGAACGGUACUCAUUUGACUCCUCAGCCUCUACCCCUGGACACCCUGAUGUCACACACUUCUCUGUCAGUCAGAUUCAGCAGACUGUGAGAAGACUCUUUAAGAAACAACCUAACCCCCCCUUAAACCCGGACCUGUCCUCUGGCAACCCCAACCCCAAUAACGGCAACAGCAAUCCCCCAAAUAGCAUUGACAGAGUAGGUGGGAAUCACCCAACAGGUGAGGAGUUGUCCUCCUCAUCCUCCUUCUCCCACUCUUCCUCAUGUCUUAACUCAGAGGCUGCUCCACCAGGCUUCUCAAACUGGUCCAUGAGUGGAGUAACUUCUCACUUCCUGGAUCGUUUACGUUGGCUUCGAAACAGAAGCAUGAGACAGAGGAAGGCAGAGGUCAGUGACUGCUGCAAAGAAGGCCAGCUGAGGUACUUAUUGGUGGAUGACACUAUCUCAGACUCUCAGCAACGGUGGCAACACUGCAGACUGCUGGUCAGGCAAAUCAAAAGUGCUGGAGGAGGAGGAGGAGGAGAAGAGAGGUACCAGUUGGAGCUCUAUGAUCCUCCAAAGGCUUCUAUCCCAAAGCUGAUGACUCUGUGCUCUGAUAUCCAAGAAGUGCGUCAGUGCAACCUACUAGAGAUGCCAGACAACAUAAACACUUUUGUUUUAAAGGUUAAUCGAGGCAGCCUGGUAUUUGAGACAGACAACGACCAGCAGGUCAGCUCCUGGACAACAGAGCUAAAAGAAUGUAUCAGCAACAGGUCAGGCAGCAUGGAUCUGGAGCUGCUCCCUUCCCCAGCAGACAGCUCGGUUCCAGCCAAUCGCAGAGGAAGUUCAGCAUCAGCAGGUCAAAGUCCGGUCACCUUUACUCUACCAGAGCAUGUGAUACGAAAGACAGACCACUUCCUCUUCUCCUACCCAUGGUUCCAUGGGCCCAUCUCUCGAGUCAAAGCAGCCCAACUGGUCUCUGACUCUGGACCAGAGGGACACGGAGUGUUUCUGGUGCGACAGAGUGAGACACGCAGGGGAGACCAUGUCCUCACAUUUAACUACCAGGGAAAAGCAAAGCACCUGCGUCUCUCCCUGACAGAGUGGGGUCAGUGCAGGGUCCAGCACCUGCGUUUCCCCUCUGUUAUGGACAUGCUCAGCCACUUCCGCCUCUUCCCCAUACCUCUGGAGUGUGGAGCAGCGGGAGCAGUCACACUCUCCAGCUUCGUAGUGGCCAGCUCCAGCCCCCCAUCACAGGGUGCCGUCUUUGUGCCGUUCUGCCUCCACCACUGGAGCUCAGAACCCAGCCUGGCUCACUGCAGCCUGACCCGCGGCGCCAGUCACCCAAGAUCAUCUACCUCCAUCAACACCUCAUCCAAUCCCAGCUCUGCGUCCCAGUCAGGAAACCACGCCCCGACCCACGCCAACCCCGUCCCAGAGACUCCUGCUCCUCCUGUCCCUCCUGCUGUCCUGCGCCGCAGUGAAUCAGUGGGGAGGAGGCCUCUUCUCCGCCAUCCCGCCCCUCCCAUCAUCCGUCAGCGUGACUCGGACUAUGAGCUGGAGCCUGAGCGUGGCCGGAAGCGGGCGAUAGAUAACCAGUACAUGUGGCUUUGACCUGCUGAGACACAAGUGUCCAUCAGGGGUCACCGCACACACACACACACACAGCGAUUUAAGAGCUGCAGACUCAUCAGAAUGAGCCCAGGGGUCUCUGUCUAAAUCUCUUGGCCACGUCCCUCAGGUGUACACUGUGAAUGUAUUUUUGUGAGAUUAAAUACAAUGACGAUUCCUUACAAACACACACAUUUGUAUGUGUGUGUUUGUAAGAUGGGGAGAGGGAUGGAGCAGCACCUAAAGCUGUAUUUCACACCAAAAAAAUGACAUGUUACUAUUUUUAAAUGUUUCAGAUAAAUUCAAUAAGGUGAGCUUUAUUUGACUUCUGGGACAUUUGAUCUGAGCGUCAAGUGUCAAGUGUCCCCUUUAAGACAUUCUUUAAAAAAAAAGACAUUUCACACUUGGUCUUCUUCAAACUGCCAUAUAAACA